UACCGAUGGCCAGAGAAAGGCACUUGCCAGUUUAGUAUUUCUCCCACGUCAUGAAUGUUGCAUUAAUUGCUGUUGUGGCUACUGCUGCAAUCCAUGGGGUAUGGGGUUGCAUAAUUGUUACGAAAGCAGUAACCAGUCGCCGUGACGAGUAUGAGGCAUUUUCUGAGAAAAAAAAGGCCUGGUUAAUUCGACUAGAGAACGACCUGCCAACUGACAGUUUGCUGACUGUCACGUAUUAUGAUGAGGUAGGGAAAUUAAUUGAUAACAAAACCAGUGGCAUGUUGUGUGGCGAUGAAAAUGUGGAGACUUUCAGAAAAGUUUUAUUCGAUAGCACGGGAUUCUCAUGUCCAGUUAAACAGGGCGAGUACAGAGCGGUUCGGGAACAUGAAUAUGACGACGAUACGUGCGGGAAGAUAUCAGAUAUGGUGGAAGGGAGAACCGAUUUUAUAGACAUCAACAUUCGCGAAAAUUAUGGAGGUGAACUAAUCGUAGUGAGCGUAAAACUGAGAAAAUAAUUUAUUUUUAAAAUAAUCAAGAUAAUUGGACAUCUUGUGCUUCACAAUUGUUUUUCCUGCAAAUAAAAUACAA